AACACAAUCAACAUGUCACUUUGAAUAAACAACAUCUAGGACGGGACAUAGCAUAAAUGUCGAAUUUUCUCGUCGUGGCCACGGCGUAAUGGAUAUAUACCGAGCAGAGGCUUCCUUUGAUUGGCCGCAAAAACCAAAUUACGUAUUAUCAUUUGAAAAAUCCGAUCAUUUCCAAUUAAUAGACAGCAGCGAAGGAAUUGAAUGGUGGGGGGUUAGACGAUUAAAUGAUAACUCCAUAGGAUUCGUUCCAGCUAAAUAUUUAACUCUUGUUGAAAGAAAAUCAACGAUUUUCCUACCUUCCGACCACCAAAAACAAACUGAAAAAUAUGCCAGACGAUUGAGAUCUAUGAAGAAAUCCCAGGACUUUAAAUUAGCCGAUAUCUAUUCAUUGCCUCCUCACAUGAUACAAUCUUUUGAUUCAUGGAUGGAAGGGAAUGAACCUUUGCCAGCUCCUCCAGUUGACUAUGAAGAUAGAGACGAUAGUAACGAGGAUGAUUCUAUUCCAUUAUCAUUAAGUGAAUGGAAUGCCAUUGUAGAAGCUGCAGAUCAUCCUGAAAAAUAUACUGACUUCCCACCUCCUCCAGAAGGCCUAUUACCUCCACCUGACUACGAUACUGAUGAUGACGAAGACGAGGAAGGUUUAACUCCCGCUCAACAAAAGCAGAAAUCUAUGGUUAUCAAUCCAAAAUAUUUAAAACCAGCUCCAGAGCAAGAUCAGCAUUUGAUUAAAGCAUCUAAAUUGAGAAAUCCCAUAAAAGAAAGCCAAAAGCACCAAGCUUUACACAAAGAAUUAGCGUUGAAUGCUAAACAGGGUUUGAUGAAUGUCCUGAGAACAAAAAAUGAAUUUCAAAGAGAAAUUGAUAAGAGGAGAAGAGACAAGAAGUGUCAAUCGGCUAUUGUUGAUGAUAAUCUCCGGGAACAAUGGAGGCGAUUAGAAAAUCGCGAACAGAAUCAAUACUCUGGAGAAUCUUCCAAUGAUUUCGAAUCUGUAUUGUCUAAAUUCCGUAAUGCUCAAAUAUCCCCUUCUCACACUUGA